CCAAUUAGAUGACACCUUGAACCUUAGGGGAUGGGGGUCUCGAAGAGGACUUGUGCAAGAGUGGGGUUGAGUGUAUAAGUGAUUGUUGGUGAAUUUAAGAAAACAAUAGGCAGGGCAAACAUUGACAACUAGAUGUCUAUUACCAAAUUUCGAUGUAUUAACGAUAAUUUUAAAAUUUCCUGAAAUUAAAUCGAAUAUUAUGUCGCUCAUCCAUGAGAUACUUCAUCAGCAAUUGCGACGCCUCUUAAGAGCCAAGCGGCGCAGAUCUGACGACAGACGCACAAGUUAUUCGGUUGGCAAGAGAAGUCGCAAUCGUUGGCAAUCUCAUUGCUAUCGGCGAUCUCCUGGUGGCCAGGACUCACAUAGCGAAACAGUGACUUUCAGAUUGAGUAGACAAGCCAGUCUGCCUGUGGGCAACCGUUGCAUAGUGCCCCUGUUGCACAUCUGGCUGCGACUGAACGAUAACACCUCAACCUCAAAUCAUAUUACACGUCAGCGGUGCAUGCGUCGCAUUCGACUGCAGCAGAGAUCUGCGCUGGAGAAUGCGACUCAAGUUGUCCAAAUCCAUUGGAGAAAUUUCUGUCAGAUGGUAUGGCCAGCAUCAAAGCAAGCCACCAUUGCCACGCAAACGGGUAGGAAUCCUUAUGUGGAGAUUGUUCAAGCUAAUAAUGACCGAAAUCGAUUGUCAUGGACGCAGAAGUUGAGAAUUAUCUUCAUUAAGAUCUCUAAAGUACUGGAAUCGGCACUCACCGAUGCGAGUUCAAGACAAGGCUAUGUAAACACUUCGGCGGCCAUGGAAUUGAUUAGCAUUGGUGAUUUAUUUGACCAACUGAACUCAGUCCUCGUCGAACAUUUAAUUGACAAUGCAGACUAUGUAAUAACUCCCAGCCAGUCGAUGACACAAUUUGACUUCGUUUUUCCAGAAUAGACUCGAGAUGCCACUGUUAAUCAGUUAAGCCAUCGAUGGCAAUUUAAUAAAUUAAGAGCUUGAUUUUAAUGGGAUCGCAUAAGUUUGGGAGCGUGGUGAGCAAUUGAUGGAUGGGCAAGUGAAGGGCACCUUCAGUUAGCAAAUGGGAACCUUGAACUACCAGACGCUGUCCGAUGCCCGAUGCCUGAUGCUUGAUGUUCGAUGCCAGAAAGCAACUGCAACACAUUCCAAAUCCUAAUAUUGAGUUCA